UUUUACAGCGCGAGUGCCUCUCAAUCCACGUUGGUCAGGCUGGUGUGCAGAUUGGCAAUGCCUGCUGGGAGCUUUACUGCCUGGAACAUGGGAUCCAGCCGGACGGCAGGAAGCCUGGUGACCAGAACAUCUCAGGAGGAGGAGGGGACGAUUCCUCCAACACCUUCUUCAUGGAGACUGGAGCUGGAAAGCACGUCCAGAGCAGUGUUUGUUGACCUGGAGCCCACUGUCAUCGAUGAGGUGCGCACGGGGACUUACCGCCAGCUGUUCCACCCUGAGCAGCUGAUCACUGGCAAGGAGGAUGCUGCCAACAACUACGCCCGAGGACACUACACCAUCGGCAAGGAGAUCAUUGACACAGUGAUGGACAGAAUCCGAAAGCUGUCCGACCAGUGCACCGGUCUUCAGGGUUUCCUGGUUUUCCACAGCUUCGGAGGGGGCACCGGCUCUGGUUUCACCUCUCUGCUGUUGGAGCGUCUGUCCAUCGACUACGGCAAGAAGUCCAAACUGGAGUUCUCCGUCUACCCAGCUCCCCAGGUGUCCACCGCUGUGGUGGAGCCCUACAACACCAUCCUGACCACCCACACCACCCUGGAGCACUCUGACUGUGCCUUCAUGGUUGAUAAUGAGGCUAUUUAUGAUAUCUGCUGUAGAAACCUUGAUAUCGAGCAUCCCUCUUACACAAACCUGAACAGGUUAAUGAGUCAAAUUGUGUCGUCCAUCACUGCCUCCCUUCGUUUUGAUGGUGCCCUCAAUGUUGAUCUGACAGAGUUCCAGACCAACUUGGUGCCCUAUCCCGUAUCCACUUCCCUCUGGCCACCUAUGCCCCUGUCAUCUCUGCAGAGAAAGCUUACCAUGAGCAGCUCUCGGUGGCAGAAAUCACUAAUUCCUGCUUCGAGCCAGCCAAUCAGUUGGUGAAAUGCGACCCACGCCACGGUAAAUACAUGGCCUGCUGCCUUUUGUAUCGUGGUGAUGUCGUUCCCAAAGAUGUGAACGCUGCCAUUGCCACCAUCAAAACCAAGCGCUCCAUCCAGUUUGUGGACUGGUGCCCCACUGGUUUCAAGGUGGGCAUCAACUACCAGCCGCCAACUGUAGUUCCUGGUGGAGACCUGGCCAAGGUCCAGAGGGCUGUGUGCAUGCUGAGCAACACCACUGCUAUUGCAGAGGCCUGGGCUCGGCUUGACCACAAGUU